AUGAAAUUCACUAGAGUACUUACUAUACAUGUUAUGAUGAUAUUUAUCGUCGCUAAUUUCAUCACCUCAGCUUACGGAAUUUUUUGUAAUCCUUUCUCAGGUUGUUCUUUAUGCAGAACAUGGGAUUGUACAUCAUAUCCCGAUCUAAAAGAAUAUCGUUGUCGUCCUGGUUCAUGUAAAUGCAAGUAUGGUGGUGAAUCUGGUAAAUGCAGUCAAUGUGCUCCUCCAGACGAUCCGCAGAGAGAACUUCCAUGUAUGUGUCCAUUUCCAGAAUACGAAAAGCUAGAGAAACGUCUUGCCCACUAUAGAAAGACCUACGAGGAUCAUGAAGCAUCAAAGAAGUUCUAUGACGAGGUUAAAGAUCAGCUCCCCAAAGAGGUUACCAAAAACGCUAUCCGGAAGAAAUCAAACAGGGCAAGGAAGGUCUAUGAUCUUUUAUUCUUUAUUACCAAUGAUAAAAUUCAAUGGAUGGUAUUCAUCCAACGAAUAAAAUCAUUUUCAGCAACAUCUAUUUCGAAUCUACGUGAUGAUAAUAUCAGAUAUGUAGUGUCUCAGGUUAGGAAGAACACACGAACCUAA